UAAAGUUCAAAUUCCUUGAUCUCACUUUCAAAGCCUUCCAGGGCCUUUCUCCUCCCUACUCCUCAGACCUACGUCUAACUCCACACCAACCUGUCCGUUCCCUCUGCUCAGUGGGCUCCACAUCUACCAUUGCUGGGUGGGUCUUCAGCCUCUGUGUCCCCACCCUCUGGAGCUCCAUCCCACGGUCCCUUUGCCUCCAUCCUGAAAAUUGUUGGUGUUUUGAGCAGUGAGUGAGCGGCAGGCAGGGUGAGCGAACGAUGGAGGAGUCGGAGGAGGAAAGAGUCUGUGGCAACUGCCACAGAUCUGUGAAGAAAUCCACUUACACCAUCCACGAUGCUCACUGCACGCGAUUCAUCGAACUCUGCCCCCAGUGUAAGGAGCCUGUGCCCCGGGUGGAAAUGAAGGAGCACAGAGAAGAGCAACACAGUCAGGUUCACUGUCCCCUGUGUCACUCAAUGAUGGAAAAGUGCAAACUGGAGAUACACCAGAGUGAGCAGUGUGAGGAGAGGCAGGUGAGCUGCCAGUACUGUGAGCUGGAGCAGCCCCACCGGGUGCUGAGGAAGCACGAGGAGGUGUGCGGGAGCCGGACUGAGCGUUGCCAGGACUGCAACAGCUACAUCAUGUACAAGAAGCUCCAAACACACAAAGACACGUGUGGCCAGAGGCCGAGCCUGGCACAAGGAGACAACUCUGAGAUUCGGAAUGAAUCCUGGACGAGGAGCAUCCCCGAGGAUCUUUUGCUGCAGGACCAGAGGAACGCAGGACUGUACCCCUCUCUGUUCUCGAGCCAAAGUCAGGAGGCCAACAGCUCUGGCUCUCCCCACUCUCCCCCUAGCCCCCUCGCUGCCUCCUCCUCCGCCUGGCCCUCUGCGGAACUCUUCUUCUCCUCCGCCCUCAGCUUCUCAAACAAGACCGCCCGAGUCGGAGGCGAUGAUAUGUGUGAGAUUGACUCCUGCUCAGUCUGUCACUGUGCCUUGCCGAUCGAGAUCCUCCAUAAACACGAGGUAAAGUGUCAGCUCUUUGCUGCCCUGCGGAACAAGAGGACGAUACACGAAGGCCUGAAGGAGGACAAGUUUCGGGCAGCAAAUCCAGCGCUGGAUCCCACUGAAGCCAGAGCUGAUGAGCCAGCUCACGGCACCUUCUAGCGGAGGACGGGGACUGGAGCAGGACGGUUGGACUUAACCCUUUCAGCGUAUGAAACCUUGGAUCAUGCACGAAUUCUGCAGUUCGCUUCAAAUCUUGCUGGAGGACAUUGCUGUUUUAUCGGUUGGCCUAUUUACAGAUUACACAGUCACUACACUUAGUGUAGUAAAUCCUGUGACGCACUUUGAGGUGUCCUCUCGGCUUGAAAGGCUCUAUGCAAAUGUAAUUUGUCGUUGUUGAAAGGCGCUGUGUUAAACGCAAAGAUUAUCAGUAAUUUUAAACCCAAUUUUUAAAUUACCGGGGAACAUGGAGAAUAAAACUAAGUGGAAUUUUA